UAUGAAGCACUAAACCAAUGGCCAAGCUGCCCCAGAAUCACGGGCAGAGAAAGAGAGUCUCCCCAUAAAAAACCAAAUGACACCACCACUUGAGUUGGCUUUCCCUUAAACUCAAAUCAUCCCCUCCCCUCAUCUUAUUACAUUACAUUACCACUGCCAAAAGUAGGUGAAAAGCAACCACUAUCACCUAAUCUCACAUCCAUACUUCUUUUCUUCAUCAAUUUCAAACCCUAGAUCCCAUCCACCUGCGUUUUUCGAUCUGGGUCUCCCCUAAUUUGGAUGAUUAUCGAUACCCACUUCACAAAAUGUCUGAUUUCUUUACUUUCAAUGGUUUUUAAGAAUGUCUGCUUCCUUGGCGCCGUUCGAGCGGCCCCGAAUUGGACCUUCAAAUACGGUUUUUAAAAGCGGGCCGCUCUUCAUAUCUUCGAAAGGUUUAGGUUGGAAGUCAUGGAAGAAGCGAUGGUUUAUUCUCACACGCACUUCUUUGGUGUUCUUUAAAAAUGAUCCUAGUGCAAUCCCUCAGAGAGGUGGUGAAGUAAAUCUGACGUUGGGAGGGAUCGAUUUGAACAAUUCAGGAAGUGUCGUUGUUAGAGAGGACAAAAAGCUGUUAACGGUUCUGUUUCCUGAUGGACGUGAUGGCAGGGCAUUUACCCUCAAGGCCGAGACAUCGGAAGAUUUGUAUGAAUGGAAGUCGGCGCUGGAACACGCACUGGCUCAAGCACCAAGUGCAGCGCUUGUUAUGGGACAUAACGGAAUAUUCCGCAAUGAUACUACUGAUUCAAUUGAAGGCCCCUUUCAUCAAUGGAGGGACAAAAGGCCGGUUAAAUCCUUAGUUGUUGGACGCCCGAUAUUGCUUGCGUUAGAAGACAUAGACGGAGGACCCUCUUUCCUUGAAAAAGCUCUUAGAUUUCUUGAGAAACACGGAACGAAAAUAGAAGGUAUCUUAAGACAGUCCGCGGACGUCGAGGAAGUUGAGCGCAGAGUUCAGGAUUAUGAAACAGGCAAGACCGAGUUUGGUCCUGAUGAAGAUGCUCAUGUUGUUGGUGACUGUGUCAAGCAUGUUCUUCGAGAGCUACCGUCAUCUCCGGUUCCUGCAUCAUGUUGCACUGCUUUACUGGAAGCUCAUAGAAUUGAUCGCAAGGAGGCUCGAGUAAAUGCCAUGCGUGCUGCAAUCUUGGAAACAUUUCCUGAACCAAAUAGGCGUUUGCUACAGAGAAUUCUCAAGAUGAUGCACACUAUUUCUUCACAUUCAUUUGAAAAUCGGAUGACACCAUCAGCGGUUGCUGCUUGUAUGGCACCAUUACUCCUACGCCCUCUUUUAGCCGGUGAAUGCGAAUCGGAGGAUGAGUUUGAUAAUAACGGCGACAAUUCUGCACAGCUUCUUGCUGCUGCAAAUGCCGCUAAUAACGCUCAAGCUAUUGUCACAACUCUACUUGAGGAGUUUGAGACAAUCUUUGAUGAUGAUGCUAUGCUCAAAUGUUGUACAUCGGCAGAUUCUCGGAUAGACAAUAGUGGGAGCGAAGAUUCGGUGGAUGAUGAACAUAAAGUAAACGGUUACCAUGAUGCUGAAAACGAAGCUGAUCCAGAAAGCGACGAGGACCCUGAGCGCGUACUGAGUGGAAAGUUGAGUGAAAGCAGUGGUUAUGCUUGCAAUGAUCUUUACGACUUUAAGGCGUAUGAAGCGGAUGUAUCCCCAGGGAACAAUGUACCGAAUGCUAGUAUAUUAGACCGGUCUCAACUUCUAGAAGAUUCCAAUGGUCAAAUGAAUGAGCCUCAAAAUAUUCAACAUAACAAGGAAAAUGAAAAUGGGAAGGAGAUGGAGAGUCCGCAUGGCAUGUUGUCGAGAAGCGAGUCUCAUCGGUCAGUGGGGACAAUGAUAUCUUCUAUAGACCCUUACUCUGCUGCCAAAUCUUCAAUAGAGACUCCAAUAAGCAAGUUUCCAGGCUCCAAUAGUAAUAGUAAUGCCAAACAUUCCACAUUUUGGGGACGGAAAAAUGGAAGAAAGACUCCGUCAAUGGAAUCAGUUGAUUCUUCUGGAGAAGAAGAACUUGCUAUUCAAAGGCUUGAGCUCACGAAAAAUGACUUGAGGCAGAGAAUCGCAAAGGAGGCUAGGGGGAAUGCAAUACUUCAAGCUAGCUUGGAAAGAAGGAAACAAGCGCUGCAUGAGCGUCGGUUGGCUCUUGAGCAAGAUGUUUCAAGACUUCAGGAGCAGUUACAAGCUGAGAGGGAUUUACGGGCUGCAUUAGAAGUUGGUUUAAGCAUGUCUUCGGGACAGGUGUCUGGAUCCCGUGCUAUGGAUUCAAAGACAAGGGCUGAGCUGGAGGAGAUUGCUCUUGCUGAAGCUGACGUGGCAAGGUUGAAGCAAAAAGUUGCGGAGUUGCAUCAUCAACUUAAUCAACAACGCCAACAUCACUAUGGUUCUCUAUCUGACGCUUCUGACAGAUACCAACAUGUUCAUAACCAUAAUCCUCAACAGAGAUUUUUCCAGCAAGAUUUUGAUACUACACUUGCUUAUAUCAACCAUGAAAGGAAACAAAGAACGGAGGAAACUUCACUGGGAACGGAGUUGAGGAACAUUAAAGGACAAACAUUAACAUCUGGUAAUAGUAGUAGGCAGCCUGCACCUGCACGCAAGCAGCACUUGAUGGAUUCCAGUGACUCUAAAAGUACAGAGGCCUCUACAAGUCUUUCUAUGGAUGAUUUUGCGGCCGUUGAUUCUGUCUCAAUCCCAUCUUCAUCCAGACCAGCAACAGAGGUGGUGGAGUACCCCCGAUAUCAGUCGGCUGCAUCUUCCACUUUGGUAGAGUUAACAACGCGUCUUGAUUUCUUUAAGGAAAGGCGGUCUCAACUUAUGGAACAACUUCACAACCUUGAUUUAAACUAUGGCUCCCAAGAUUUUAUGUACAAACAGUCGUCCCCUCGCUAGAUCAAUUUGUAUGUAUAUAUAUCAUAUCCCUUGCUUUCUUUUUGGAGUGUAGAUGUUUCUGUCGCUCUUUUUGGACUCGUCCAUUUCCCUCUCAUUUUGGUGUGGAGAAAAACAAAAAACUUGAUGUUUUGUCAGGUGUAGCGCGGGUAUCCUAGUAUAUCUGUUUAUCAUAAAGUGUUAUUAUGUGCAAUAGAUCGAUAAUCUUGCUAUUUGAGAAUGUAGUGAAUGUUUGUGGUUUGUUGAUACAA